AUGGCACCAAGACGCAAGCAGGCUCAAGAGACGCAAACGAACCCUGCAGAAUCAGGAUCAGGAUCUGUUCAGCUGCCUAGCUCAGUUUCCGCAUCAGUGAAUUCUCGUGCUCCAAUUCAGCCGAGAGAUCCUCCAUGCCGACCACCAGAAGCAGAGCCAAUAUUCGAAAAAGGAGUGCAGGAGCAGCUCUCGAUGGCAACAGGAACAAUAACAGCGACAACAGCAGUGAACGACGACAGCAACGACAACAGCUACGACGACGACAGCAAUAUCUACUACAGCGAGGGCGGCGACGGUGUGCAGAGCCUGGCGUUCACUGCCGAGAGGAGGGCGGCGAUUGCCAGGUUGGCCAUGCAGGCGGAGGAGUACGACGACGAGGGCAAGGAUGGUGGCCCUAGCCCUAGGCUGCACAGAAAGUGGACAUCGGAUAAAGCCAAACAGCCCAUCUACCGGUUAUCUUCUGAGCGGAGGAAGAUUCCUCGAGCAAGAAGAUCAAUGCGGCAGUACUCAAGUCUGGACCCAAACCCGUCACGCCUGUCAAGCGCAUUAACACCUCGGGAACAACUGAAGCCCAGACCCACCGAGGCUCAGUAUAUGAAGCAUAUGCUUCGAUGGAAGAGGUAUUGUACCGCUCACCUUGACGGCGACGUCACCGUUACGACUGCCAGUGUGCUUGAUUACAUGGAGACAGAAGUCUUUACAGAUACCGUCAUCAAGACCUUCAAGACCUUCCACCGAACUGCGGCAAGGCUGCGCUAUGGAUGGAGCUGGAAUGGAGGUCAUUGUUUCGGUAGUGUCGGUAUGGACGUUAACGGCAGCGGCGAAGGCGAUGGCGGCCCCGACGAUGAAAGCGAUGUCGAUAUGGGCAACGGUGGACCUGCUGUCAUACAAGGGCCGACCUCCAAGCAUGGCCAAAGAAGGACCACAAAUGGUACUCUUAUCCCUCGAGUCGCUUUGACUGGAAGCAUCAUCGAUCAGGACAAUGUACUCUUGAAUGCGCCCGUGGAUGGGAAGGGCAGGAAGAUGAUCGAGAUUUUUCCCGUCUGUGGUACAACUGAGACCGCCUCAAAGGCCAUGGCGUUCUUGUGGAAGCUGCAAAGGGAGCGCACCUGCUUGUUUGCUAACAACGAACCGAGCUCUCGAGAUAAAGGUCUGACCCGCAAAGCCUACAGGAAGUACAGGGAGCGCCUGGUCGUCAGUGAGGAGUUCAAGGGUUCGACACGCCAAGCUCGGGAACCAUAUACGGAACGCCAGCUUAUCACGAUGUUGGCAUACGUGGCGUCAGCAAGUGCUCCUUCCUUCUCCACUAGAGCCUGGCGUGAAACCGAAGAACCCCUACGACAUCUCAACACGAUUCUUCACAUCCGGGAGCAUAUUUGUUUGGCAGCUAGACACAGCAUGAUUCUCCGAGAUGAAGACUUACGACAUCUCAACCUCACGGAUGUCAUCAGCAUUGAUCGUACGAGAUCUGUUAGAGGCUCCAAGCGUGCUUUGAAGGGAUUUCUGGCUUUCCAAAGUCAACUCCUGAAUGCCAUUGAGGACUCUCGGCUCCAAGCGAACAUAAUCCGCACCUACGUUGUUACCGAUGGGCCAACCCUCACGGCGGGCAUCGACACUGUUGGAACAAAGAUCGAUCAACUGUCUCACAUGGUGCAGGGAGCGAUGGAGAUCCGCUUUAGUCAACUGGAGGGAGUCGUGACCGGAGUGAUGAGAAGAUUGGGGGUAUGA